AUGCCAUUCGAACAAAAUAAAUCUAACAUAAAUAUUCUUCCAUCUAAAGAAUCGAAUAGGUAUAUCAAUAAAAAAAAAACGAUGAAUUCUAAAUAUCUUGCUAUGCUAUUGAUGCUCUUUGGUUUAUUAUUCAUAUUGGCACAAUGUGAACGAUUAACAUUAACUGAUAGGUAUGCUGGUGAUAGCGAUAGUGUUGAAGGUGGUGGUGAUGAUGAUAAUUCCGAUGGUGUAGAUGAUGCUUCUUUACGUGAUGAAAAACGAGCUAUUCGUGAUUUUCUUCAAAACGAAGAUGAUGCUAGCCAAUUUCUUGAUCAAUCUCGUCGACUCUUUAGUGAUGCUAAAAGUCAUAUGAAAGAAGCCAAGAAAAAAUAUGAAGACAAAUGUGAACGUCUCCUUCAUCCACGUUAUUGUCCUGAUCUUGCAUCAUGGCCUGCUUGGAAUCAAGCAUGGAGCGCAGCUGGUGGCAAAAAAUAG